CUGGUUGCUGGUGGAGCUCAUGCCAAAAUACAGAGCCUAUGCUAUGUAGUACCUGUACUCACAACAGACAGGGUGUUAUCGUGUCUGCGGAACCAUAACACCAUGUGAACCUGUGAUGCGGCAGAUGCAGAGCACCAUGGGUCGGAGCAGCAGCAGUACUAUAUUCCACAGCGUUCCGGUGGUGGUGGUGUGCCUUGCUGCUUUGCUCCUCAGCAAUGCCGUGAUCUACCUGUAUCUGGACUCCAUGUAUCAUGCUGAUCAGCAGCCGGUGUUUUCUCAUACAGGCUGUGCGCCUCGACACUUCAAAAUGGCGACGAUGAAAAACUGCACCCCCUGGCUCCAGUGUUCACAGAUAAAUGCCGAAGUCCGCAAGCUGAAGCUGAUUGGCCAGGGAGCCGUUAAGAAGGUCUAUCUGGCAGAGUGGAGGACUCAGAAGGUGGCUCUGUCCAGACUCUCCUCUCUGGAGUACCUGGAUGAUUUUCUCCAUGGAUUGUCCAUGCUAAAGGUGCUGCAGGGCCCCCUGGUGGUGCAGUUGGUGGGGUUUUGCCUUGAAGACAAUACCAUGGUCACAGAGCACCACCCACUUGGUUCUCUGUUUAACUUGGAAGGUGUUCUUGCACAAAAGCCGCACCAGCAGCACAACACAUGGCAGAUACGGCUGAGACUGGCUGCGGACUACGUCUCCAUCCUUCAUUACCUCCACAACAGCCCGGCCGGGCGGCGGGUAAUGUGCGACUCCAACAGCCUGGAGAAAACUCUCUCUCAGUUUCUGCUGACGAAUGACUUUCAUGUGGUGGUGAACGAUGUGGAUGCUUUGCCUGAGGUGGACCCGUCCAGAGGUUUGCUGGCGAAAUGUGGCCACCGGGAGCUCACCGGAGACUUUGUAGCCCCAGAGCAGCUCUGGCCAUUCAGAGACAAAGGGAAGCCAUUUUCAGAUGAUCUCAUGCCUGAGUAUGAUGAGAGGACAGACAUCUGGAAGAUCCCAGAUGUGACGUGGUUCCUGAUGGGAAGGGUACCUGGAGGGGAUUUAGUCCACUUCCAUCUUUUCCAGAUCCACGAGGAGUGUAAGAAGGAAGACCCCAAGCUCCGCCCUUCAGCUCUGGAUGUUUUGAAGGUGUAUAAAUCAGUUUACAGCAGCAUGGUGCGAGACAAUGCUGGCCUCAGAGACAUGCUGUAGAAUACAUGUCUGAGUCACGUCAAAAGACCAUGAACGUGCAACAAAAACAGCUUGGCGUCUAAGAAAUGACUCUGUGGCGAGUUUACAACAGAUAUGUGACCUCGUGGUUUAAAGCACACAGUUAACACGGGAGGAAAAGAACAAAGGGAUGACUGGAAAUGAAACGUGUAUUAUUUGUUGUGUUGUGUUAGCAGAGACACAUGCCUGUGAGCCCAGCAACACUGACACGUAUGAAUACUGAAUGUGAGCAGAGUUUUGUUUUACUCACUCAUUUACAGUGCAUAUAUGUAUACAUAUACACAUAUACAAGUAUGCAUAUGUAGACAUACAUAUGUAUGUGGAUCCGAGGUUGUACAUGUAUUGACAUUUAAGACAUUUAAAGAGUUGAGGUUAGAUAUGUGGUAAACUUAAUUCUAGAUUUAGGGUGGCAGGUGGAUUUAGUUGCACUGUCCACAUCAGACACUGCUGCCUUUUUUUUCUUUUUUACAGAGGACUACAAAGCAAGAGAAAGCCUUUUCUUUUUUUCUGCUUUUGUCUUCAGCUUUUGACCCACUAAACUAAAUUGGCCUUUGCAGGGCUGAGGGGAGAACAGCUGAAUUCCCAAACGUACCAAAAGUUUUUUCCUUACAAAAGAGGGUCCAAAUAUACAUGAAUACAAUCUAAAUAACUCACCCCCAUGUGCCUCGAUAUUGUACCCUCCCUCUAUGAUUCUUCCCCACGUAGACACUCUUCCCCCUGUCCCCCUUCCCCAGAACGUGAAGGAGAACGUUUCAACUCAAGCCGUUCUCAAUUAGGCCAGGCAAAGUAGAGGGGAGUGGGUUAAUAAUAAUGCUCUCAUACAGACGGGGUAACUUUAAGACAUUUUUAAGUUAUCAAAAUUCAAAUUCUCCACCAAUUAGACAAAAGGUUGCCACAUUAAAGUAAAAUCUGCAGUUGAGCUGCUGAAUGCAUGUGUCAUUUUCUCUAAUUUUAGCCUAAUUUCUCUGAUCCACCAAGGGAGAGACGGAGGACAGCUCUCCUUGCUCUGAAUGUUACUGCGAAUGACCUGAAAGAACAUCAAAAAUAGAUAGCCAGUUUGUGUUAAGUUUGAAACAUCUCCAGAAUAUAAGUAUCAGGCUGGAAGGCAGGUCAGGCUUGAACUGUGACAGUUUAGCCUUUGACCAGUGGUCUUGUAGAGCAAAUGAAACUAAAAGAUAAUAACCCCAUUAGAAAGCCCACAUCGUUGUGUAAUAAAUUUGCCUGUCCAAGCAUUACAUUAACUUUUGUUUGUUUCAUUCCGAUAUUUAUAUUAACUUAUAUGACCUUUGUUUUCUGCUGUUUCUAAAUGCUAAAUUUUGAUUUGUAAUUGCAGUCCAUAUUGAUAUAUUAUUGUAUUAUAUUAAUAGCUUCCCUUUGUUUGUAUCAGCUACAGACCACAGUCUGAAGUAAAUAAAAGUCUGUUUGCCUGUUCUUUAAUUGGGACACACAUAUCUGUACCAUGAAGCAACUGUAACCACCUGAUUGUCAUGACCCGUGCCAUGCACGCCGGGUUUUGUUUAGUGUCUUCUUUGUUCAUGUUCAUUUCUGUGUUCUACUCUGUGUAUUCUUAAUGUCUUAGUCUUUAGU